AUGUGACGUAAAUUUCUUGUGCGGGUCCCUGGAGAGAGAGCGCUCGGCAGCAGCAGUCGUAUGGGAAAGGAAAGCUAGAAUUCUGGGGAUUUCUGUGGAUCGCUCGUCCGACUGGUGAACCAUUCUCUGGUCUGAGGAGAUAACGACACAUUAGAAAUGUCGGGGCAUAACGAAGAAGCGCAGACGGUGGAGGAGACUUUAGUGGACGAGAAGGAGGUUCAGGACAAGGUGAUCAGUCCUGAAAAGGCAGAGGAGGCUAAACUGAAAGUCAGAUACCCACACUUAGGAAAUAAACCUGGAGGCUCUGAUCUGCUCCGCAAACGGCUCCAAAAGGGGCAAAAGUAUUUUGACUCAGGCGACUAUAACAUGGCUAAAGCAAAAAUCAAGAACAAACAGUUGCCAACAGCUGCACCAGAGAAGACUGAGAUCACGGGCGACCACAUCCCUACCCCCCAGGACCUGCCCCAAAGGAAACCCUCUCUGGUGGCCAGUAAACUGGCAGGCUGAUGCAGCAGUGACAUCUCCUGCAGCACCUCCCAAACCUAACCCUCUCCCCUCAAGUCCCGGAGCUGUAACACUAACUCUUCCACCCCCUCUUCCCACAGUUCCACCUGUUCCCCAUUCUCAGCUUCCUCAACCCAACUCGACAAGAUCCCACAUCUUUUUGCUCAGUGAACUGAUACUUAUAUUUUACUUUUCACUCCACUUGUCUUUGUUCCUCAGUACUUCUCUUAAAUGACUGCCCUUCUGUCUGUCUGUCUGUCUGUCACUGUCCUCUUAACCUUCCAUGGUCCUUUUUUUUAAAUAUGUUUGUUUUUCAUUACUUCUGUGUGAGAUACACUGAAAGACAGGAAAUCAAAGUGUGAAUGUGACAAACAGACUGUGACUCUUCUGUGCAGUGAUGGACGAUCAAUACUAUUGUGUUUGCAGACUGAAGAGAGGGGCAUGAAGCGAAAGGUGCAUCUUGUGUGAUUGAAGGCUUUGGUAUAGACAUCAGGAUUCCACUGUGUAUGUCUGUUAGCGUGUGUGUGUGCGCGUGUGUUUUUGCUUCUGUUUGACACAGCGACAGAUGUUAGUCUUUUAGUAAGUUAAACAUCAAAUUUGUGUCAUUCACUGUAUAUCCUCAUUCUGAAUUAUGCUGUCAAUAUGCUUGAGUGAGUGAGUAUAGUAUAUAACCCAGAGGCCAAGCUUGGUGACAUUGAUUGUGGAACAUGGUGGGGGACGUCGUUGCAGGGCUCCCAAAGGCAAACCUGUCUGGGCUUUAAUUUGACUUCAUUGCAGCGCACUGAACAGACAUUUAAACAUGCUUAAAAGCUUGGAUGCAGCGAAAAAAUCUUAGGACGGCAAGUGAUGAUUCAUUCAAAAUAUCUUGAAACUUGUAGUGUUGAAAAGGUUUGCACUGUAUUUCGUGUUGUGCCAGGUAUUUUAGCCUCGGGGGGAUGAUGUAGUCGACUCCUCUUUUGGUUAAAGUUUCUAGUUCCAAGUUGCCAUGAAUGAGGCAUCAUCAUGCUUGUUGACGGUAGUAAACAGGACCUGAAAGCUAAACCCCUGUCAGUAGGGACCAGUCUUUGUUGCUGUGAGUGGAAAAAAAAAAUAAAAAUCUAUUGUCAAAGAAAAUAUAUACUGGGAGGGAGCAGCUUGUAACACUGGGAACAAAGAGUCCAAUAAAUUGUGUUCAAAUUUGGGGGUGAAAUGUAAGUAGUUUUAUCUUAAAAUUGUCCUGGGCUCUGUGUAGUGCUUUUCCAGGGACCUUGCUGACUGGACAAAGUUUACCUGUGAUGUGGGAAAAAUCUAAGCUAGUGCUACAUCGGUCUGAGCUGUGCAUGUAUGUGGCUGAUCUGCUGUCACUCUAUGCCAUUUUGUUUUGUAAAUAAAAUAGUUUUGCACAAAUGUUUAA